AUGUCUUCGAAUCAGCCAAAUCUGAAGAUACCUACACCCGCAGCUCCCCAGCCCAAGGCUCGUGGUGCGAACCGCUCGACAAAAGCUGCGGGAAAGCUCAAGGUACUCCCUGACCAAGUGGAACCAGUCCUCCAGAAUAAGGCUGUGGAACUCAAACGGCCACCAAAGGCCAGGACAGAGGAGGAGGAGGAACAGGAGAGCGAGGAAGAUGAGGGUGAUGAUGAGGAGGAGCCUGAGGAAGCGGAGGUUUAUAACCAGAUUAAUUUGAUACCUGCUGGAACAGCGCGUAGAGAUGCGCUACGAUUGACAAAGAAGAAGGCCAAGUCUCUACCACGCGUUACUGCAUACGCGACUGCCAGUUCGUACCGGUUUCCUGAGCUGAUGAAGUUCUUCAAUGCUCGACGUCCAUCAUACCAUACCAACCCCCGGGUCAUCGACGAAGUGAUAUACACUCCCUAUUCUUAUGCACUAGCUUCAGAGAGCUCUUCAGGCACACAGCGUCAGGUUCACUUCGAGGGCCAGUCUGAAACCUUAGAGCAGACCGGACAGACCGGCGAUCUGCUUGGUGUGCCAGAAUUGGUUCCAGAUGCCAAUGGCACGCAAGUGACGGACGGAGAACAAACGGCGAAGAAGAUGAAAAGGAAUAGAUUCCUAACUGACGAGAUGCCCAAGGAGGCCGAGAUCUUCAUGUUCAAAUACGGAACCGUGGUGUUAUGGGGAAUGACUGAAGCGCAGGAAAAACGAUUCUUGUCGUCCAUCAAGCGUUUUGAGGUGGACAAGCUCCCACCCCAGGAAGUCGAGAUGGAAGACCUCAAUUACUACUACGCUAAUUACAGCCGCAUCUACAACGAUGUUAUCACUUUACGCGUUGGAUCCAGCUACAUGACAAAGCUUUCCUUAUCGCACGCACUCUCGCAGUCUGUCAAGAUCUCCCUAUUCGAAGAACUCAUUUCGUCAACGAUCGAAGAGACGAAAGGUAUUCCGGAAAUUAUAAGUGCCACUGGGAAGAUUGGCAUGCCGCAUAAAGAUAUAAUGCGGAAGAUCGGAGAGCUUUUCUUGCUGAGGUCCAACAUUAACUCAGUCGGAUCAGUGCUUGAUUCCCCCGAGGUGUUUUGGACCUACCCGGAUUUGCAACCUCUUUAUGAUGCAGCGCGCGAUUAUUUGGAAAUCCCUCAGCGUAUCGACCUCCUAAACACGCGUGUUGAGGUUCUGCAAGAUAUGCUUCAACUCCUCAAGGAAACCGUGAACAGCCGUCAUGCAGAGCGUUUAGAGCAAAUUGUCAUCGCAUUGAUUGUGGUCGAGAUUGUCCUCGGUAUUAUCACCAUCAUUGUCGACCUGUUUUCCUGAUUGUACCCUGGAUGCUGUCAAUUGUAUCAUUAUGUUGCAU